AGUUGAAUGAGAUGAGAGAAUAGAGAGAAGGUGGAGAGAGAGAGAGAGAGAGAGAGAGAGAGAGAAUGGGGAAACCAUCUCUCAUUUUCGUUGCCUUGUUUCUUGUGGGAUUGGCAGCAUCAGCAGCAGAAGCAGGUGGGGUGGAGAGUAAAAAAAGUAGGGUGUUAUUGUCAGAAAUGAGAGGAUUUUUAUACACCAGAAGCAGAGGAAGGUGCACGCCCCAGUUCUGGAGCAGCAGGAGGGAGGCAUGGCCGAGGAUGGCGCCGCAGACGGCGUCGGUGGCGAGGAUGUUCGGGUCGCGAGCCUUGGAGAGGUACAGGUGGGACCUGACGCUGGUGGAGGCGACGGACAGCAACGACGAGGCGAGCAAUGCUUUCUCUGAUCUGAUCAAGCAGUCGACCGCGGCUCUCCUCAACUCCUACGCGCGCGAUGGCUUCCCUUACAGCCCUUGGGAAGUCAAGACCCUCGUCAUCCAGGCUCUUGUCUCGGAGGAAGCCGCGGCCCACCAAGCCCAACGCUUCUCCCAGGCCAACCACGCCUGCACUUAAAGAACAGAACAAUGAUGAUUACAUGCAGCGGCUGUAGUUGGCCUUUCAAUACAGCCAUUUCCUUCCGGCUAACGUGUCAUCGUUUCAGAGUAUCCGAUCCUAGCAGAAUGUGGGCCUCCUUAAGAUGGUCACCUGCUACGAAAAGUGCACUGGUGUGGACCACCUUAUAAGCUGAUCAGCUUGAUUUUUGCACGCCGUGGUCAUCGUGGUGGGGCCCACCUUCUGAAGGGAUUGGAUGUGCUACAGUGACACAGCCGCUGUGUGUGACCAUUUCUCCUCUAGAGAGCCUAACCUCUUUCCUUUUAAUAUAUUUCAUCCUUGUGGGUCCCAUAUGUAUUGUCUUGUAUUUUACAAUCUGGGUCCCACUUGAAUCUAGGUUAUGUUAUGUUAAGCUAAAAGUAGAGAUUGUAACACGGUGCUCAUCUCAAGAUGACCUCUUUCAUAAAUUUCAAGCAUUGUGUUGGUUGAA